AUGACGAUGAUGUCAAACCCACGCACCUUUUUAUCCGCGAAAUCUGUGAUGAGAACGUCUCGAUUCAUGACCGGGAAAAACGCCUCCUCAUCUUCCUCCUCUUUUUGUGUCCGUCGUCGUCAUCGCGAAGAUUCUGAUUCUUCAGGUGUACCAGAGCGAAGGAGAAACUCUAAAAGAGCAGCGCAUUCCUUGACCGUUUCGGCGAACUUAUUCUCCAGAUUUACGCGCGUGAUCUCCUCCUACGCGAACGCGCUCAUCACCGCCGCGGAGGAUCCGGAAAAAAUCUUGGACCAAACCGUGAACGAAAUGAACGGAGAUUUGAUCAAGAUGAGGCAAGCCACCGCGCAAGUGAUGGCGUCGCAGAAGCAAUUGGAGAACAAAUAUAACUCGGCGCAAAAGACCGCGGACGAUUGGUACAAGCGAGCACAGCUGGCGAUUGAAAAAGGAGACGACGAUUUAGCGAGAGAAGCGUUGACGAGACGCAAAUCGUACCAGGAGAACGCAGACGGGAUGAAGGAAAAUUUGCUCUUGCAGAAAGAAGCGGUGGAGAAGUUGGUGGCGAAUACGAGAGUGUUGGAAACGAAGAUGGCGGAGGCCAAGUCGAAGAAGGACACGUUGAAAGCGCGAGCGGCGAGUGCAAAGACGAAUAAAGCGGUCGCGGAUAUGGUGCAAGGCGUGAGCACUUCGAGCGCGUUGAGCGCGUUUGAGAGAAUGGAAGAGAAAGUGUUAGCGGCGGAGGCGGAGGCGGAAGCCGUGGGGGUGUUGACCGCGUCGGACGCGUUGGAAGAGCAGUUUAAAAUGUUGGAAACCGGGAGCGUGGAGGAUGAGUUAAACGCCAUGAAAGGGUUGAAAAGCGGAAGUGGGGGUGGUUCUUUGCCGGAAGGAAGACCGGUGAGCGACGCCAUCGAGAGCGAGUUGGAAGCGCUUCGAAAGAAGAGUCAAGAAUAA